ACGGUGUGACGGGCGCUCGAUGAUAUUUUUUUAUUCACGUACUAAAACCACGUGUUCAGAACUAAUAUGAAAUGACACGACGAAAAUAGUCCGCUAACAUUUAGUUUUUAGUUGUCUCUGACAACAACGUAUAUGUUAGAGUGUAGUUCCUUUAUUUUAAUUAAAAAUGAAGUUGUUUAUUUGUAUUUUGGUGCUGUGUAAUGUAAAUUAUUUAGAAAAUUUGGUAUGUGGUGGUGUUUUGAAUAGCAAUAAGUUGUUCAGAUUGGAUAUUGUGCAUUAUAAUGAUUUUCACGACAGAUUUGAAGAAACAUCAAUAUCCUACCCUGUAUGUAAGAGUAAUGAUACAAAAUGCGUUGGAGGUUUCGCUCGCCUUUACCAGGAAAUCAAGACCUUGUUGCAAGAGAAGCCGAAAGCGCUCCUUUUGAAUGCCGGAGACGUCUUUCAGGGUACUUACUGGUAUACGCUGCUGAAAUGGAACAUAACACAAAAGUUUAUUAAUAUGUUGCCCAAUGAUGCCCAUGCUAUUGGCAACCACGAGUUUGAUGAUGGAAUUGUGGGUCUAGCUCCGUACCUUGCGGCACUCAAAGCACCCGUUGUAGCAGCUAAUAUAGAUGCCAGCAAUGAACCAAAGCUUAAGGGAUUGUUCAAGCCUCACGUUAUAGUUGAGCGAGAUGGGAAAAAGAUUGGAAUCAUUGGACUUAUAACUCCAGAUACUGCCGUUACAUCAAAUUCAGAAGGUGUCAUAUUCUUAGAUCCAAUAAAAUCAGUGGAAAAAGAAGCUAAGUUCCUGACAGAACAAGGAAUAGAUAUUAUCAUUGUGCUCUCACAUUGUGGACUCGAAGUGGAUAAAGAAAUGGCAAGAAGUGUUGGAGAACAUAUAGACAUAAUAAUAGGUGGUCAUAGUCACAGUUUACUAUGGAAUGCAUUAGAUGCACCCAGCAAAGAAGUUAUUUCUGGCCCUUAUCCUGUUAUUAUGGGAUCGCAUUCUAAGCCUGAACACAAGGUACUGAUUGUGACGGCUUCAGCAUUUACCAAAUACUUAGGUAACUUGACUGUAUACUUCGAUAAUGCUGGAGAAUUGCAGGAUUACUCGGGACAACCAGUGUUCCUUAACAGGUCUAUUCCUGAAGACCCAGAAAUAAAAACCCUCUUAGAGCCAUAUAAGCAAGAGCUCCACAUCAAAGUGCAUGAGGUAGUUGGCUAUGCCAACGAGAACUUCGUUGAUAAGCAGUGUGGUGCAGGUGAAUGCGCACUGGGAGAUUUGGCUGCUGAUGCUUAUGUUAAUGCUACACUGGAGAUGAAACUUAAUAAAUUGCCACUAGUGUCAUUUUUAAUGAGGAAUAUGAUUAGAGGCUCGAUUCCCAAAGGAGACAUAACCCGAGGUUCGAUAAUAAACACUCUACCAUUCACAAACAAGGUGGUUUCAUUUAAGUUGCUCGGCAAAUAUCUUGUGGAGGCAUUAGAGAUUUGUAUGACGACGUACUGGAUCAAAAAACCUUUCAAUGGGCCAUUUAUGCCGCAUAUUUCUGGAAUGAAACUAACUUUAAACACGACGUCAGCUAAAGUGGACUCUAUCUUGGUGAAAGUUGGUGAUGAAUUUGAGCCUUUAGACAAUGACAAAGAGUACCAAAUUAGUACCCUGAAGUUUUUGCUACAGGGAGGUAAUGGAUUCAAGGUGUUAAAGGAGCACGGAUAUGAUCCGAUUGUAAUUGGAAACGACGCAGAACUUUUAGAAAAAUAUAUCAGAAAAAUCACACCAAUCACACCAACAUUGGAUAACAGACUUGUUAUAAUAGAAUAAUGCUAGCGACCUAGCAUGGAUAUAUUUAAUUCGAAAUCUUUGAAUAUUUAAAUUUUGAUUUAGUUUGUUUCUAUCUAGACUAAUUUAUACUCGAUAUUAAAAAAACAUGUUAAUGGUGCGUGCUAGUUGCAAGGUCAUUCUUCCCCGUUAUGUUCCGGAGUGCGCUCGUGAAUACCUAGCUUACAAAGAUGUUUAAUCUUUGUAACAUUAUCUAUAUACUUUGUUAUUUAUUACCAUAACCCAAGUUCCAUUUAUCACAACAUAAAUAAAUACAAUGAAUUAGUUCAGUCUAUGUAUCUGAAUGUUAAUUAUUAUAAACUAAGAACAUAAAAGGAGCUAGAAUGGUACCUUGUGGAACCGCAGGUCCAUGUUAAAAUAUACCUUUCUGUAAAACUAUCGAAAUGUAAAUUUGUAUAUUUUACUAGUAUUAAGUAGUUGUGUAGUUGAAUAUUUUGUAGAUAUAUUACUAUUACAUAUAAUAUAGAUUAACACACUUGUUAAAGUAGAGAUUAAAGUGAUAGUAAAUUAGUGCAUACGACCUCAUACAAAUUUAGUAGCUGUAGAGCUCGUUGUGCAAGAGUUUGUCUAGGGAAAUACUGCCACCUUAUCUAUUUUUGCUACCAAAUAGUAAUGCGGCCAAUACUGCGUUGGGAUUUUAAUGUGUGAAACUACAGGCAUAUGGGGCUUAUCAACAGACGCAGAGGCAGUGUCUCUCAGACCUAUGCGAUUUAAAGCUCUAAGUGGCACUGCAACUGUUAUGGACAGGCGUGUCACUUAUCACCAGUCGCACGACUUGUUCGUGACGUCAUUUGAAAUCAUAUUAAUAUAGUAUGUGUCGCUUGUCAUUUUCGAUAUGAGAUUUUUUUAUCUACGAUAUGACUAUAGAAUGUGAUAAAAAGGUGGUGACUGUAUUUCAACUGGUGAUCACAUAUACGCAUGAUAACAAAGGAGGUGAUUUUACUUCCAAAUUACCAAUGAUUUACGGAAAAAUGUUUUUUGCAAAUGGUGAAUUAGUUUCGUUAGGUAAAGUAUAGUUGGACCUUUUUGCUUCUAAAAAAGGAUCCGUCUUAGUAGCUCCGGUUUUGCGAUGGCAGUAUAGUUAUUUGUUAUACAGAAAUUUUCCCACAUAGUAAAUUUGUUUGUUGCUAAUUCCCUUCAACAUAUAUGUGAAAGAAAACUCCUAUUCAAUUACUACGAAGCGACUUAUAGGUAACUCGGACUUAGGCAAAGCUGCAGAGCAUUGAACACCGCAGUAAAGUUGCCUGCUUAUCCGUUUUCUACAGGAUAUAUUACGCAAAGUGUGCGAUGGACGGAAAUGCACGAAUUAAUUCUACCUACCCCUUUUCAUCACCGGGGGACUAGACGUAGGCUUUGGUUCCACGCCUAUGUUGUACAUAUUCCAAGGAAGUUACGUUUUCACAUCUAUAUGUCGAACGUUAUAACUUGGGCCUUUUUAAGGCGAGAGUGAAUAGGUAUUAUUUAGGUGUACAUGCUCCAUCAUCGACCUCAUCGUCACUUUUUAUCAGGUGUGAUGGAGGUCAAAUGUGCACUUAUAUGUAAUAAAAAAGUAAUCAUUUAAUUUUUGGCAAUGUAUUUUGUGAAAUAUGAAGUUACGGAGUUAUCCAUUAUGAAGUAAUGGCACUAUGGCAUUUGCAUCACAUUGACAGUCGCUUACACAGAUGGCUAAA